AACAUUAGGAGCUGGAGACUGGAGCAGAGCAGUUCAGUAAAAAACUGAUCAAAGCUUGCAGAGAAGUGUAGCUGGAGGGGAAGGUGAGGCAGGACACGGAGGGCAGGAUGGAGCCCUGAUUACUGCACUGGGCUGCGACAGAGCACAGCACCACUGGCUGGACCAGGGGCUGAACUGAACUGUGUCAUCAGGGCAGACGGCAGGGAACCUCAGUCCAGGUGAAGCCUGUACUGUUGGACGGGAUUAGGCUGCAGCAGUGGAUGAUGGGUUGUUCGGCCAGUGUGGUCCUGCUCCUGCGUUCGGUGGGCGGGGCCGACUGCGGUCACAUGUGUUCACGACAGGACCAGAUGUCACUGGAUGCCGCCACGCCUACUCUAGAGGGUUACACCGCUACCACCUCACCUCUGACCAUCAUUGUAAUGCAAGAGAAGCCUAAGCUGAUCGACCCUCUUGACUAUGAGGCUGUCAUCUCUGAACUGGGGGAUGAGCUGAAGGAGGACCCUCUGCGAGAUUUGCUCCUGUUCCCUGACAAUGAUUUCUCGGUAUCCACGGUGCCUCAGGAGAGACGAACUCUCAAGUCAACUGUUCCUGAGGGGGCAGAACUUCAGGCUGAAUGUCUGCUGGUCAGACAGGCCUGCAAGUAUUACAACUCAGAUCUAAAUGUGGUGCAGUUCAAGUAUGAUGACUACGCUGGAGAUUACCGCCUGCUGCCCAGGAAACUGUACAAAGCAGAGAAGCUGCCAUCCCACUCCUUUGAGAUUGACUAUGAAGAUAUGGACAAAGAUGAGGAUACCACCUCUCUGUCCUCGUCCAAAGGGGGAGGGGGUGGAGGUGGUGGCAGCGGAGGAGGGGGAGGGAUCGGUGUGUUUCGAUCAGGUUGGCUGUACAAAGGGAACUUCAAUAGCACCGUCAACAAUAGCAUCACUGUUCGGUCGUUCAAGAGGAGGUAUUUCCAGCUCACCCAGCUGACAGACAACUCCUACAUCAUGAACUUCUACAAAGAUGAAAAGAUCUCUAAGGAACCCAAAGGCUGCAUCUUCCUUGAUUCAUGCACGGGUGUGGUACAGAAUAACCGCCUGAGGAAACAUGCCUUCGAGCUGAAGAUGAAUGAGGUUACAUACUUUGUGCUGGCCGCAGAGAGCGAACAGGACAUGGAGGAGUGGAUUAGCACGUUGACUCGCAUCUUACAGAUCAGUCCUCACGACGGCCCUGCUCCAGACCGCAAGAGUCUGGACCUCACCGAACACCGGCAGGAUGUGUUUGACCUAUCGCUGAGUGACUGCUGUUUGCAGGACAAUGAAGAAACUACAGAGAAUGGCAUCAAUCCAGAACUAGCAAAGUAUAUCUCGGAGACAGAUGAGGGAAUUCGCUCUGCCAGAAGAGAAGAGCGGUUGAAUCUGUUCUCGCUCGAUCCUGACACUCCUGUUCUGAGGAGCCCACGGACUGAACAUUCAUCAGCUGAAAACACACCAGUGCGUCCGUUUGACGAGAAGCUGGGCAGAAGAUUUAUGAUAACGUGCCGAUCACUCAACCUCAUGCUGCAGGGCUGUGUCAACGAGACUGAAACUGGACCGGUCACGAAUAUCGAACCCUUCUUUGUGUCGCUGGCUCUGCUGGAUGUGCGAGAAGGGAGAAAGGUGUCCGCAGACUUCCACGUCGACCUCAACCACGAGGCCGUGCGUCAGAUGCUGGGAGGCUGCAGUAGCGGGACAGGAGGUCCAGGUCCGGUGGUCGGAGGUCAGGAGAACGGCUUGUGCUCUCCUGCUGAGAGGAAGCCAGGCGACUGUUACCUCAGCCUGGACUUGGACCACUGGCUCUGCUUUCCCAAACAGGCCAUUUUCUCAGUGACCAACCCUCAUACAGACAUAGUGAUGGUGGCAAGAGUGGAAAAAGUGCUGAUGGGAAAUAUUGCUUGUGGUACCGAACCUUACAUCAAGAAUACGGAUUCCAGCAAGACUGUCCAGAAGAUUUUGAAAUCCAACAAGCAGUUUUGCAGUAAACUGGGAAAGUACCGAAUGCCGUUUGCUUGGUCCGUCAGGCCGGUGUUUAAGGACAACCAUGGGGCACUCGAUCGAGAGUCUCGUUUCUCACCUCUUUUCAAGCAGGAGAGCAACAAGAUUUCCACAGAUGACCUGAUUAAGCUGGUGUCUGAGUACAGAAGGGCUGAAAAGACCAGCAAACUGCAGACUGUUCCUGGGACACUGGACAUUGCAAUGGACUAUGUUCCAAUGGAGCAUCCAAACUGUGUGACAUCCUCGUAUGUACCUGUGAAGCCCUUUGAAGAGCUGAGCAAACAUCAGCCCACAGUGGAGGUGGAGGAGUUUGUCCAGGACACCACAAAGUUCACUCAGCCACACCGAGUCUACAGAAACCACAUCUAUGUGUACCCGAAACACCUCAAGUAUGACAGCCAGAAGAGCUUUGCCAAGGCUCGUAACCUUGCGGUCUACGUAGAGUUCCGCAACUCAGACGAAGAAGUUGCCAAACCAUUAAAGUGCAUCUACGGCAAGCCAGGAGGACCCGUUUUCACCACAGCUGCCUGUUCCACAGUCCUGCAUCACUCCCAGAACCCCGACUUCUAUGAUGAGGUGAAGUUUGAGCUCCCUACCCAACUUCAUGAAAAGCACCAUCUUCUUUUCUCCUUUUACCACGUUACCUGUGACAUCAAUGCUAAGACAAAUGCUAAGAGGAAAGAGGCCCUGGAAACCCCAGUGGGAUAUGCAUGGCUGCCUCUCCUUAAAGAAGGCCGUGUGUUGUCUCAGGAGUUUAACAUCUCCGUCUCCUGUAACCUGCCGCCUGGAUACCUGGCCAUCAAGGAAGCCAGCAACACCAAGAAUGGAGCAGAUGUGAAAUGGGUCGAUGGAGGAAAAGCUAUCUUCAAAGUAUCCACUAAUGUCGUCUCCACAGUAUACACUCAGGACCCCCACCUGAACCGAUUCUUCCAGCAGUGCCAGAAGAGAGAGCUGGACCUCUCUCAGCCUCCUACCUCCAACUUCCUCAACUGCCUGAAGGGUCUCCUCAGUAUGGAGAGAAUCCCAGUGAUCGUCCGAUUUCUGCCAGUCCUCUUCAAUCAGCUUUUCAAGGUUCUGACCCAGAAUGACAAUGAUGAGGUCACUACCGCCACCACUAGAGUGCUGGUCCACAUUGUUGCAAAGUGCCAUGAAGAAAACCUGGAUCACUACCUGCACUCAUAUAUCAAGUUUGUGUUCAAGUCGGAGGCUCAUGGCUUCAGGACAGUUCACGAGGAGCUGGCGAAGGGAAUGACCUUUGAUCUGAAGAGCAACGAGCAGGCAGCAGUCAGAAAUGUCCUGAAGUUCUCCUGGUUCUUCUUUGAGCUCAUUGUCAAGUCCAUGGCUCAACAUUUGGUCGACUCUGACAAGGUAAAGCUUCCGAGGCCUCAGCGUUUCCCCUCAUCCUACCUGAGCCGUGUGGAGACGCUGGUGGAGACAGUGUCCGAACACAUCUUCUGGAAGAACAAAGACCUGUCAGAAGAAACUCGCAGUGCAAACUUAGCUGUGGCAGCUUUUGUCAAGCGCUGCUUCACUCUGAUGGACAGAGGCUUCACAUUCAAACUAAUCAGUAACUACAUUAACAUGAUCACUGCCACUGACAGCAAGGUCUUGUGUGAGCUGAAAUUUGAAUUCCUGAGAGAAGUGUGUAACCACGAACACUACAUUCCUCUCAGCCUGCCGCUACCAUCUGCUCGCAUCACAGACCAUGCAUCCCCAGAGCCACAAAGCACUCAUGUGUCGGUGCCUGAGUACAACCUGACUGGAGAGUUCUGCAGGAAGCACUUCCUGACCGGCCUGUUGCUAAGGGAACUGGGGCUGGCUCUCCAGGACGAGCAGGACCUGAGACACCUCGCCUUGGCCACCCUGAAGACUCUGAUGGCCAAACACUCUCUGGAUGCACGCUAUGCCACCAAGGAGAAACAGGCGAGAAUUGCAUCCCUGUACCUGCCUCUGUAUGGCCUGAUCUUGGACAACAUGCCUCGAUUCUUCCUCAGGGACCUUUUCCCCAUCUACUUCACAUCUAGUGACCAAGGCUCUCGAGAUGACCUCAGCGUGGGAGGGGGAGUGGCUGGAGGGGUGAUUCCUGUUACUCGCCAUGGCAACUCUGUGGAUGCCUCCUUUUCCAAAGAAGUCCUAAACUCCAUCACAGCUUUUUCAUCCCUGGCAGUUGCUACGGGUAACCAGGCGGACUCUCGUGGUUCUCUGAUCAGCGUGGACUCCAACCCUAGCAACGGCGACAGGAACAGUGAGAAGAUGGAUGGAUGUGAGAAGUUUGCCCGACCCCAGUCCCUCAUCGGUUAUGGUUCUCGAUGUGACAAACUGGACCAGGCAGAAACCCGAAGUCUGCUCAUGUGCUUUUUGCACAUCAUGAAAACUAUAUCUGAAGAUGUGCUGGUGUCCUACUGGCACCGGGCCAUUCACCAGGAGAUCUCAGACUUCUUUAACAUCCUGGAGCUGUGUCUGCAGCACUUCAGGUUCCUAGGAAAACGCCACAUAGCCAGGAAGCUAGCAGCGGCAGUAAAGCUGGCCCAGUCAACCCAGGCCAAUGGCACCCUGAAGGCCUCUAACCACCCCUCUCAACCCUCCAGCCUCUUCCCACAAUGGAUGGCGUCUGGAAAUGAAGGCCACCGACAUGCUCGCUCCCAAACCAUGCCCAUCAUCAGGGGCAAGAAUGCCCUCACCAACCCCAAACUGCUGCAGAUGAUGGAGACAGAUGGGACUAUUCAGGAUGGCGACACUCUGAGUCCUACAGAUGUGGAGGCAAACUUGUCGACAGAGGUGUCACUGACUGUGCUGGAUGUACUAGAGCUCUUUGUUCACCAUCACAAGAAGCAACUGUGGCUGGAUGACGGACAGAACACACUGAUGAAGAAGGUGCUGGACACCUACUUGCUCUUCUUUCAGAUCAACCAAUCAACUGCUACUCUACGGCACGUCUUCGCUGCACUCAGGCUUUUUGUGCAAAAGUUUCCCAGUGCAUUUUUCCAGGGUAAGGCAGACCUGUGUGGCUGUCUGUGCUACGAGAUCCUCAAGUGCUGUAACCAUCGAUCCAGCUCCACCCAGAUGGAGGCAGCUGCCCUGCUGUAUUUCUUCAUGAGGAAGAACUUUGAGUUUACCAAGGGCAAGUCUAUAGUCAGGUCACAUCUGCAGGUUAUCAAAGCAGUGAGCCAGUUGAUAGCAGAUGCUGGAAUUGGAGGCUCGAGGUUUCAACAGUCUCUGGCUAUCAUCAAUAACUUUGCCAACGGAGAUGCACCACUCAAGAACACUCCAUUCCCUGCUGAGGUUAAAGACCUGACCAAACGGAUCAGGACAGUUCUGAUGGCCACAGCCCAAAUGAAGGAGCAUGAGAAGGAUCCAGAGAUGCUGGUGGAUCUGCAGUACAGUCUGGCCAACUCCUACGCCAGCACACCUGAACUUCGACGCACCUGGCUAGAGAGCAUGGCCAAGGUCCACGUCCGCAACGGAGAUCUCUCAGAGGCUGCUAUGUGCUACAUCCACAUCUCAGCCUUGAUUGCUGAAUCACUGAAGAGGAGAGGCUACUGGAGAGCUGACAAGGCCAGGAUGUCCAGUGUGUCCCCUGAAGAAAGCCCUGUCUUUAAAUGUAGCUCCUUACUAACUACCUCCCGAGAUCAAGACACAUCGUUCUCCAUGGGCUGGGCAGCGUUUAUGUGCAUCAGCCCUAACGUUAAGGAGGAAGGUGCCAUGAAGGAAGACACUGGUACACAAGACACACCGUAUACUGAGGACACCCUGGUGGAGCAACUAGAGCUGUGUGUGGAUUAUCUGUGGAAAUCAGAGAGACACGAGCUCAUUGCUGACAUCAACAAACCCGUGAUUGCUGUCUUUGAAAAGAGGAGGGAUUUUAAGAGACUAUCAGAGCUGUACUAUGACAUCCAUCGCUCCUAUCUAAAGGUGACUGAGGUGGUGAACUCAGAAAAGAGGCUCUUUGGUCGCUACUACCGUGUGGCUUUCUAUGGACAGGGUUUCUUUGAGGAGGAGGAGAGCAAAGAGUUCAUCUACAAAGAGCCAAAGCUGACGGGGCUGUCAGAAAUCUCUCAGAGAUUACUCAAACUCUACUCAGACAAGUUUGGAGCUGAUAAUGUCAAGAUGAUCCAGGACUCCAACAAGGUGAAUCCUAAAGACCUGGACCCCAAGUUUGCCUACAUUCAGGUGACGUACGUGGUGCCCUACUUUGACGAGAAAGAACAACAGGACAAAAGGACAGACUUUGAGAGGCAUCACAACAUCAACCGCUUUGUGUUUGAGACACCGUUCACUCGGUCAGGAAAGAAACACGGAGAUGUGGAGGAGCAAUGCAAGAGACGUACCAUUCUGACAACGAGUUCCAGCUUUCCGUAUCUCAAAAAGCGCAUCCAGGUGGUGGAGCAGCAAAGCACGGAAAUGAAUCCAAUUGAGGUGGCCAUAGAUGAGAUGUCACGCAAAGUGUCUGAGCUCAACCAGCUGUGCAACAUGGAGGAAGUGGACAUGAUCCGGCUGCAGCUCAAACUGCAGGGCAGCGUCAGCGUCAAGGUGAAUGCAGGGCCCAUGGCUUAUGCCAGGGCAUUUUUGGAGGAGAAGAAUGCUAAGAAAUACCCAGACAACCAGGUCAAAUGUCUUAAGGAGAUCUUCAGGCAAUUUGCAGAAGCCUGUGGUCAGGCUUUAGAUGUGAACGAGCGUCUCAUCAAGGAGGACCAGUUGGAGUACCAGGAGGAGAUGCGAGCUCACUACCGGGACAUGCUGACCGAGCUGUCUGGCAUCAUGAAUGAACAGCUCCAAAAACGUCUUCUAGCCGUCAGUACCUCCUCUCUCUCUAACAGCUCUCUGUCCACUCUUUCUAAGGCUGAUUCCUCACACAAGACAGCCAGGAACGGAACGGCACAGCACCUACUGAAUGGCCACUAAACUCACCAGAAAUUCUUUGUGCCGGUUUGGGCCUCCAAGUGGCUCAUUUGUUUUUUUCCGACUGUAGUUUUUAUUCUUUCUUCCUGCUGCAGGGAGCAGCAGACUAGUGGAACUGUGACUGAUGGCGAGUGUAGAGAAAACAAAGAGAAGAAGUGUGUAGACUGUGGUUGUGCUAGUCCGUAGUCCUGUCGUUGAACUUUGACUGUCUACAGUAGAGGCCAGGCUGCUGGACUGUUAGCUACUGUUUGUUUUGGUUUUAAGACAUCCAAUCCAUGUGUCGUAUAGAUCCCCCUGCCCUGCCAACUGAUUCAUCAGCUUACACACUGACAGACACGCUCAUGAACAAAUACAGACGGUGUAUAUGUUCACACACGUGCACACACAACAUGCGCCUUCUCUCCACAACCCUGACCCUUUAGAGAACAGUGACCUUACUGGGCUCGAGGUGCGUUCAGCUAUAUAUGUAAUAUAUAUCUUUCUGGUGCAUUUUGAUUACAGUUUUUACAUUUUUUCAGUGGAACAAUAUGUACUUCAAGCUAUCUGAAGAUGUCUUUCAAGACAGCUAAUGUGAAAAAGAAAAAAAUCUAUAAACAUUUGGAUACUUAAUUAACCAAGAAUCUGAGGAGUUGAACGCACCUCCAGUUCUUGUUUGAAUGUAGAGCAGCUCCACAUUGCUACUUUGUAUCCUUGCUAACGUUCUGGAAAUAUCAGCUUGCCAAUUUUCAAAUGGAAACAACAACAAAAAAAUAUGUUUUGUAACAUUUUUAUAAUUGAAAUUGCAUUGUUACUGUUAUUAUUUCCUGUACUGUUUUGAAUUGUAAAUAAGAAAUAUUAAUAUUUAAAAAAGUUUGAAAUGUUUCUUUUUAUAAAAUAUACAAUAUAUAAAUAUUUGUUUAGCUGAAUUAAAAAAACAAAACAAAACAAAAACUAAAGUUUUAUGUAUAACAUUUAAAUAAAAAUUUGUUAAUGUCCAA